CCGCUCUCGCCGCUCAUUGGCCGACCGGCCCCAUGGGCUGGCAUUUGGCUGGGCCUGAACUCGGUGGGCGACCGGCUGUUUUAGGGCGCAGCUGCCAUGCGUUCCGGGGGCCGCGGCCGGUCCCGGCUUCGGCUCGCGGAACGCGGCCUCUUGCAGCCCCCCUCGCCGGCCAAGCGCCGCCUGCUCCCGCGGGCGCAGCUGUUGCCGCUGCUGCUGCUGGCGCUGGCCGUGGCCUCGGCCUUGUACAUCAUCUGGAGCACUUGGCACAGCCGGACGGAGGACAUGCCGCGGGGUCCGGCUCAGCGGACCGCGCUGGUCACCAGCCUCGGCGAGGACCGGCUGCGGAGGGUCGUGGGCCAGCUGGACCCAGAGCGGCUCUGGAACGCUUACCUGCGCCCCCUGCUGGUCGUGCGGACGCCGGGCAGCCAGGGCAAUCUCCAAGUCCGGAAGUUCCUGGAGUCCUCCCUGCGGUCCUUGGCAGCAGGCUGGCAUGUGGAGUUGGACCCCUUCACAGCUUUGACACCCCUGGGGCCACUGGACUUUGGCAACGUGGUAGCCACGCUGGAUCCUGGGGCCGCACGACACCUCACCCUGGCCUGUCACUAUGACUCCAAGCUCAUGCCGUCCGAGUCGGCUCCCUUUGUGGGUGCCACGGACUCAGCUGUGCCUUGUGCCCUGCUGCUGGAGCUGGUGCAUGCCCUGGACCAGGAGCUGAGUCUCACCAAGGAGCAGGCCGCCCCUGUGACGCUGCAGCUGCUCUUCCUGGAUGGAGAAGAGGCGCUGAAGGAGUGGGGACCCUUGGACUCCCUUUACGGCUCCCGGCACCUGGCUCAGCUCAUGGAGGCUGCACCCCACAGUCCCGGCCCCACCAGGAUCCAUGCCAUCGAGCUCUUCGUGCUCCUGGAUCUCCUGGGUGCAGCCUAUCCCACCUUCUACAGUCACUUCCCGCGCACGGCCCGCUGGUUCCACCGCCUGAGGAGCAUUGAGAAGCGCCUGCACCGUUUGAAACUGCUGCAGUCCCAUCCGCAGGAAGUACUAUACUUCCAGCCCGGGGAGCCUCCAGGUUCGGUGGAGGAUGACCACAUCCCUUUCCUCCGCCGAGGGGUCCCUGUGCUGCACCUCAUCUCCACACCCUUCCCGGCAGUCUGGCACACACCUGAGGACUCAGAGGCCAACCUCCACCCGCCCACAGUCCACAACCUGAGCCGCAUCCUUGCAGUGUUCUUGGCCGAAUACCUGGGCCUCUAGCCCCUCUGCUCACCUCUGGGGUUCCCUGCCCUGCCCCAGGGGCCUCUCAAGUCCCUGGGGCCCUUUGGACGCUUAAGCUGCCCAUCUUCAAAGAUGCAGAGGAGGCCCCGGUGGGGGACCUGAGGGGUGAGAGCUGGGCCUGCAUCCUGAGGGGAGCCUGGGCGCUGAAGACCUCGCACAGAUGCUGCUCUGAGCCAGCAAACCAGGUGGAUGCCCGAGUCCACGAGCCUUCCUCCACAGCAGGUGGUGUCUGUUCCCCGAAUCUUGCCCCAGCCCCUGGCCAGUUCCCACACUGAAGAACCAUCCAGGGCCGCAGUUAUGCUGGUAGUUAGCAUAACUGUGCUGGUUAGGCAGCACUGGGAUGCUAGAUUCUGCUGGAACUCAGGCCCCCCUGCGGAGCCAGGAACAUUCCAGAAAGCCAACAUCCUGGGCCAUGGUGGGAAAGAGUCGAGAGGCGGAAUGAAGCCCGAGUCAGCUGUCUGUGUGACUGUUCCAGAGACAGGCAGCAUUUCGGCCAGGUGUGCUGGCAGGGCAUCCAUCCUCUGGGAGGACAAUCUUAGCAAGGUGCCUUGAACUGGUGGCCUCUGCUCCUUAGAGGGCGUGGUAGCUGCUGUGUGGCUACAAAGUUCUGGGGGUCGCUGCAAGUUGGAGCAGCCUGGAGGUGAGGCCUGCUGACCUUUGGGAGUAACUGUCCCAGCUCAGUGAGCCCAGAAAUGGAAGUUACUGGAUCAUCCGCCAGCCAGCUGGUGAGGAUUAUGGCCACAGGCAGCUGGUAGAUCUCAUGAGUGGCAGAUAUGCUGCCUGUAGUUAAGAAUCUUCAUGGGUACCUGGGACCCCCAACUCUGGGCCUCACAGUCAUCCCACAGCCAUCGUCAGAGCCCAGCUAGGGUGGGGUUUCAGGCUUAUGACUGCCCCCCAUCGCCAUGUCACCCUGCAAGACAGCUGGGUUGUUUGAGCUUUUUGGACCUGGGGUCAGAAUUUUCUGAUUUAAAUGUGGUGGCGGUGGCGGCUUGCUCAGCCUGGCCAUGGUUUUCCCAGCAUCCUUCUGUCCUCCAGACUCAGGGAUUCCCCAGAAUUUUUAUUGUGGGAGCUGCCGGAUAUAGCUGAUGAGCAGUGGGUUGUGCAUUUGACAUGCCAGUGGUGUCAGCAUCUGUCCUUUGAGGAACCAUCAGUAUUGUCAGCUGGGGUAGAGGGCGGGGGCCACAGAGCUUUGAAGAAACCCAUAGCCCAGCUGGGCAUCACUGGACACCCCCUGACAAGUUAAGUGUGCAGGGGCACCCUUCUCUUUUCUGAUUGAUUAUAGAAUGCCAAUUAAAUGUCUUAAGAUGGUCUCUA